GGCGCAGCUUCCGGCGACGGCGCGGCCCUUGCUGUGUCAGGUCGGCGCUGCCGCCAUGGCGGGUGAGGGCAGCACGUUCCGGCUGCGCUGCUCCCUGCUGGGGCACGGACAGGACGUGCGGGGCCUCACUCGKGGCCUCUUUCCAGAAGGUGGCUUCGUGUCCGUCUCCCGGGACAGAACCGCGCGGCUCUGGGCCCCUGACGGUCUUAACAGGGGUUUUACUGAGAUGCACUGUAUGAGUGGCCACUCAAAUUUUGUAUCUUGUGUGUGCAUCAUACCUCCAAGUGACCUCUAUCCUCGUGGGCUGAUUGCAACUGGUGGCAAUGAUCAUAAUAUUUGCAUUUUCACAGUUGACAACACAGCUCCUCUUUACAUCCUUAAGGGUCAUAAAAACACAGUUUGCAGCCUUUCAUCUGGGAAAUUUGGCACAUUAUUAAGUGGAUCAUGGGAUACAACAGCCAAAGUCUGGUUGAAUGACAGAUGUAUGAUGACAUUACAGGGUCACACAGCUGCAAUAUGGGCAGUGAAAAUACUUCCUGAACAGGGAUUAAUGUUGACUGGUUCAGCUGACAAAACUAUAAAACUGUGGAAAGCAGGCAGAUGUGAAAGAACGUUCACUGGACAUGAAGACUGUGUGAGAGGUUUAGCCAUUCUCAGUGAAAUGGAGUUCCUUUCCUGUGCUAAUGAUGCUAGUGUUCGAAGAUGGCAGAUCUCUGGCGAGUGUCUGCAGGUGUAUUAUGGACAUACAAAUUAUAUAUACAGCAUCUCUGUCUUCCCUCGAAGUAAAGAUUUUGUAACUACUGGAGAGGAUAGAUCUCUUAGAAUCUGGAGACAAGGGGAAUGUGCUCAAACAAUCAGACUCCCAGCUCAGUCUGUAUGGUGCUGCUGUGUGUUAGACAAUGGUGACAUCGUAGUUGGUGCAAGUGAUGGAAUUAUAAGGGUAUUUACAGAGUCCUUGGAACGUACAGCAAGUGCUGAGGAGAUUCAGGCUUUUGAAAAUGAACUUGCCCAAGCAUCCAUUGACCCUAAAACGGGUGAUUUAGGGGAUAUUAAUGCUGAUGACCUUCCUGGAAGAGAACACCUUAAGGAUCCUGGAACAAGAGAUGGACAGACACGGCUUAUUAAAGAUAAUGGGAAAGUAGAAGCAUAUCAAUGGAGUGUUAGUGAAGGAAGAUGGAUAAAGAUUGGUGAUGUUGUUGGUUCUUCCGGAGCUACACAGCAAACAUCUGGAAAAGUUUUAUUUGAAGGAAAGGAAUAUGAUUAUGUUUUCACCAUUGAUGUAAAUGAAAAUGGGCCUUCCUACAAACUGCCAUAUAACAUCACUGAUGAUCCGUGGCUGACUGCAUACAACUUCCUGCAAAAGAAUGAUCUAAAUCCUAUGUUUCUGGAUCAGGUGGCCAAGUUUAUUAUGGACAACACCAAGGGACAAACACUGUUGAGUACAAGUAAUCAAUUUUCAGAUCCAUUUACAGGUGCUGGACGUUACGUUCCAGGUUCUUCAUCUGGAUCGAGUACAAUACCUGGGGCAGACCCAUUUACAGGUGCUGGUCGCUAUGUUCCUGGUUCAGCAUCRAAUGCAGUAACUCCAGGGGUCGGGSUUGAUCCAUAUACAGGAAUGGGUGCCUACCAGUCAGCUGCGGCUAAAGCUGAAAAUAUUUAUUUUCCAAAAAAGGAUGCUGUCACCUUUGACCAGGCCAAUCCUACACAGAUACUGGGCAAAUUAAAGGAGCUUAAUGGCAGUGCAGCUGAAGAACAUAAGCUUACAGAAGAUGACUUGAUAAUCCUAGAAAAGUUACUGUCUGCAACAUGCAACACCUCUGCUGAAACACCUACAGCACAGCAACUUCAGACUUUAUGGAGAGCAGUUAACUGGCCAGAAGAUAUUGUCUUUCCUGCUCUAGACAUUCUUAGAUUGUCUGUCAGGCAUCCCACUGUGAAUGAAAACUUCUGCAGUGAAAAGGAACACGUACAAUUUAUCAUCCUUCUCCUUAAAUUUCUGAACCCCAAAGGAAAGCAAGCUAACCAGCUGUUGGCACUUAGAGCUCUCUGCAAUUGUUUUGUCAGCCAUGCAGGCCAGAAGCUCAUGAUGGAACAGAGGGAUGAAAUAAUGACACAAGCAAUAGAAACGAAAUCAGGCAAUAAGAGCAUCCACAUUGCACUGGCCACGCUGACAUUGAACUAUGCUGUAUGUUUACAUAAAGUCAACAACGUUGAGGGCAAAGCUCAGUGUUUAUCAGUAAUCAGCACAGUUAUGGAAGUUGUUCAAGAUCUUGAAGCUGUUUUUAGACUGCUUGUGGCUCUUGGGACGCUAAUCAGUGAUGAUACAAAUGCUGUGCAAUUAGCUAAGUCUCUGGGAGUUGACUCUCAAAUAAAAAAGUAUGCUUCUGUAUCGGAACCUGCUAAAGUAAAGGAAUGCUGUAGAUUUGUUCUUAAUCUGUUAUAAUCAUUUUAUGCAGAAAAAAUGCUUUUAUUCGUAUUUUAUGACAGACUUUACUUGAGAAAAUACUGUGGAUUAAUUACACUCGACUUGUUGCAAGAUACAGAUCAAAUAAAACUUUUUCACUGUUUGUCAUUGGACUGCUUUUCUGAAGUGUACUGUGCACAGGAACUUUGUAAGGAGUCCUUGGAUUGCUCAGAUAAAAGUAGAUCACUAAGAAGUCAAACCAUAUCAGUACUUCCAGGUCAUACAGACAGAAAGGUAGGAAAUGGGUGUUAUGUAGUGACUGUUAAYUCUUGACAUCCACCCCAGUCACAUUCUGUGUUUCAGCAUGAGGAGUCUAUUCCUUGACUGUGGGUUUUUUAGCAGAGAAGGGGCCCUGAGAACUCUUCAUGUUCAAUAGUGCAUUUCACGAGCUUAUUAGUUAAUAUUAGGUAAUAUUAACCCUUGUGAAAUAGCCUGCUAAGGAAAUUUUUCAUCAGCUUUCUCCACUUCCUUUUGAAACUUAGCUUUUGUGGCUCUUACCUUUUUUAACCCUAGGACAAGAUGACUUUUUCAGGGGUAGAAUCUCUACCUGCCAUAUGGGGAUUUUAUGCUUCACUCAUAAAUUUGUAUCUUGCAGCUUGUAAAAUGGCAUGAACUUCUUCAGAAGCCUUUAACUGAUGUUUUAAUUUUUGAGUACAGGUAUACACCACCAGUUAAUAGCAAGUGUCUUACUCUAUGUUGUAAAAUACUAGAUGUUAAAAAAAAGGUCAUCUUGAAGAGUGGGAGAGCAGUCUAGGUGCAGAGAAGAGAUUGAGCAGUAGAAGCUUGAAGAAGUUUCCUAAAGGUGGUUGGUCCACGCUGCCUUGUCAAUGUUUUAGAGGCAUUUGGAAAAUGCCCUUGACAAGAGACUCUAACUUCUGGUCAGUCCAGAAGUGGUCAGGUCCUUUACAACUGAAAUAUUCUGUUGUAAACUGUACAAAUUUAAAGUCAAGUUUUAUGAAGUAGCUCUAACUUUCAUAACGCUGGUGAUGUGAAAAGGGAAAACAGUCACAGUUAUUCCAAAAGACCUAAGAUGCUCAGCUCAAAAGGGGUGUGUUAUUUUCUACUGCUCCUGCAAGUGUUUUACAGUUGGGUUUAGAAUUAAGAUAAACUGAAGAUGGUCAAUGUUUAAGUUACAUUUUUCAUUAGACUGACAGAAUGGAAAACGGAAAAAAAUGGGCAAACUUUUCUGGCAUGUGAGGUCUAUAUCACAACCUGCCUAUAUUGUCUGUGCCAGAUUUUGUGGAGGAUUUUGUGACCACGAGCUCUUUGUUUUGCUCCAGCUACCUGGACUGAGUUACUAUACUGCUUCUAGCAAACUUUGUCCCAACUUGUACAGUUACACUUUUGAUGAAUUUCCAAAUAAAUACCCUCACAGUCUUAAUUAUGGUCAUAGUCAUAGGUUUUCUGAUUUGAUCCAUUGGAGGUUCAUAUAUGAGGCAGUCCAACAAAUUAUUGGAAUUUACAGUGCUUAAUAGAGAAACCCCUUCCUGGGAAAGCGUCUAAGAAGCUACCUUUAGGAAACAUAUCUGUGAAAUAAUGUGCCUGUCUGUUGAAUUUUGGUUGCCUACUAUACAAUUGUUCUUGAAACUUCAGCUUUCUAAUGUUGUGCUCUUUAAUUGUGUUUGUACCUGUGUUAUUUUAAGAAAUCUAUACUUGUCUUAACAUUUUGGUUUUAUUAUUGUUGGAUUGCUCUGUUACAGAUUAUUUACGUGAAAAUUGUUACGGAUUUUCCAGACCAAAAAUUAAUGUUUAUAUUAAUAAACAUACUCUGGCGACUCCCAAGAAAUGGUAUAUUAAAAGAUAUUAAAAGAUUCACUUAAAUUUUCAGAGAAAUGAUGAAGCAUAUCAAGAAGUCCUGGGGACUGUAGCACUAAUGUUAGGCAAGAUAAACAAAUAGGCCAAGACUAUUUGGAGAGAAAGAUACCUGCUGCCACAGGGAGCUGUGAUAUUCAACCCUUCCAUGAUCUAGCAUCCUCUGGGGAAACUGGGACUGGGAAAUUGUUUGCUAUUGCUUUUGUUUUGAAUGACAUUGUUUAAAACCAGUGUGAUUCACAUMAUCAUGCAUGUACAUAACCACACAAAUUGCAUGUAAGGGUACUGCACAAUCUGCUGUUGGGGUCACCAAAAGUAGAAUGCCUUAGGGACUUCACCAGGAUGAAGUUCCUGGUGCAGUGAAAGAAUGUUAAAUCUGUACUGAGGAAACGUGCCAGACGUGAGUCCACAGUGUACAAUCUUAUGAGAGCAGAGGAUAUUGAAAACAAGAACGUGCAUAGCACGCAACUGGGAGCUGGCUGGAUGUCUACAGCAGUAAACUUUGGAUAAGUAGAUCUGUGUGCCAAGUGCUCCUAAGUUCAUUCUUUGGGGGGAUAGUUGAAGUAUGUCUGAGAGAUUUCUAGAGCCCCUUGAAGGGAAGUUGUGUCUUCUGCUGAGAAUUCAGAGCUUCUAAGAAGUUGACACAAUUCUGGCAUCUUAUUUCUAAGCUAGAAUGGAAGCUUUUACAAAGAACAGUAAAAAACACAAUAGCACCUAAUUUUAAACCAUUGCUAUUAGGCAUGCCUUGGGUUUUAUGAAGUGGAAUAUCUUGGUUUCUACUUAGACCAAAACUCAGGACACAGUAUCAAAUGCCUCCCUAAGGAACUGAAUGAGGAGUCAAAACUGACUUAGCUCAGCACCAACUGCUGUACUUUCCAAGAUAAAAGGAGGCUAUAGUAACAUAAAUUGGRAUAAUGUGUCACAAGGUUUUUGUAGUGUCUUGUUACUGUGGUGCACCUUGCUCAUAUCAGGAUCUAAUUAAACAGUGUUAAUUAUUCAGUCGUGUUCAGGCUACAGCCCGAAACAGACUCACUUCAGUCUGCAAACCUGUUUCAUUAAAAGCAUUGUACACUGAACUACACAUUAAUGAACUGUCGGAUGCAGUCACUUUUUUAUAAUGUAAUAUGCUAUAAUAAUCUACAGGAGGAGUCAUACCAUAGAUCGGUGCUACAGAGGCAACUCCAAAUGCUUUACGAAAUGUUACGACCUGCUGGUUCCAAUUGUGUGAAGGUUUAUUGAAAAAAUUAUUAAAAAUAAUUAGUUAGGCUUCUUAGCUGAAUGUGAUCCAUUACUAUAUACUGUGAUUACUUGCCUCUUUUCGUCUCUUUCUCCUUAAACUAUCAACAAAUCUAAAAUCUAGGAACAGUAGACAUUUCCAGUCUUCAAAAUUUGUGAAUAGACUGUGAAACAAAACGUUCAGCAACAAGAUGUCACAUGCAAUUGUUGACAGGCUGAAGAGUAUCUGGGUGUUUUCAGAUAUGGUUUCCAGUGGUUUUUUUUAUGCUUGUUCACUGUUGAGGUUGAGCUUCCAGUUUUGGUGGGAAAUUUGUUUCUAGACUUUCCAGUUGCAAAGAUGAAAUUGAAAAUGUGGACCACAACCCUGUACUGGUCUGUAUUAAACACAUGGAAAAAAAAUUGUGUCAAGUAAGAACUACCAGUUUUUGACAAUAGAAUUUGAAACGUGGUCACUUAAAUUCCAAUAUU